GAGGCAAGUGGGGAAAAUAUCCCCGAGUACGGCAAGUCUGUGUACACCUGACCAGAUAUAUAGAGCUAGGGCAGGGCUUCCGUUACGUACAGUCAACGUAGAGUGCUCGUUGAAGAAAACGCAUCUCACAUCAUCAUCAUCACUAUCAUCGUCAUUGUCAUCGUCAUCUCUAACGUCUAAGCUCAACAAUUUUAUCGGAAUCUACGGAUUUUGUUUAUUAACUCAUUUAAACAUAAAAAUGAGACAUACGGCCCACCGUUACUGUUAUUUUAUUUUGGUGAUCGCGGUUGCUGCCUCCGCGAGAUCAACGGACACCAACUCCAAGAGCAACUCGAUCGACGAUCAGACGGGACGGUCGGCGGCCGCAAACGGCCUGCUCGGUGAAUUGCGUUAUGUUUACCAAAUCUACAAAGAAUGUUCGGGAGACGAGAUGAGCUCUUGCUUGAAACUCAGACUUAUCACUGCAAUGGACCGCGUGUCACGAAGUGCGCAGCUCAAUAUCGCCGAGGGCGUCACGGUUGUGAGGGACGAAAACAGUCCAAGGGAUAAAAUUGAAGAAGCGCCAAAAACACCUCAGGAAAUUGAGGCUUCGCUGCCACGUGCACUCGAAGACAAAGAGGAUGCGCUCAAUUCUAUGAUUUUUGAUAAAUUUGUACGAUUUUUCCAGAGUCAUACUCUUAAAUUGAAGCUCCCUAAUGUUGAAGAAUUGUCGAGGAGUCUCACCGAAGAAGGUCGUGGCAAAAAGAAGAAGGGCAUGGGAGGUCUUUUGGCCAUUCCUCUGUUGAUCGGCGGUACCCUGGUCCCUCUUGCCCUCGGUGCCCUGGCUCUAUUGGCCGGUAAGGCGUUGAUCGUCAGCAAACUUGCACUGGUGCUAGCGUCAAUUAUCGGACUGAAGAAACUCGUUUCUGGCCACGAGGGCGGCCAUGAAGUCGUCCAAGUUGGUCACGGUGGAAGCGGAUGGGCAAGAUCCUCCGCGGCUCAAGACCUCGCUUACUCGGCUUACAAACCGGGUCCCUCAUCAUAAAACUCAACACUAACCCACACUAAAACUCAUCCAUGAGCAGCAUCAACUCCCAUUAGACACAAUCCCUCGUUACUUUUUCUACUAAAAAAUGGCGGGUUUUUUCACCUGAAAAAAUCCGCCCACGCACUGUGAUUUUUUUUUAUUUUUAUUUUCUUACAAUUUCAUUCAGACUUUUCUUUUACUCCAUUCUUUUUCAUUUCCUCAUUGUCAUCGGCAAUAUUCCCAGCACCUCAUGUCAAUUACAAUCAACAUAUUAAAUUACACAUUAUUUAAAUCCAUUAAAAUAAUAAUUUAUCACUCGCAGUAUUUAUUAUUAAAAAAUAUGUAUCUAUAGAAAAAAAAGACUAAUAAAUUAAAUUAUUUAAUUAUUAUAAUAAUCAUAAUAAAUUGUAAUAAAUUAUUUAAUUGAAUAUAUAUUUUGUUUAUUAAAAAUUA